UCACCAUUGUGGCAUUGUUGACGUUGUUUUGUACAACUACCCCAUUUUGUUAACGUUAGUAUCCCAAAAUAUUGUUUUCUACUUUAGUGUUUAUACUUUAUAGUAACUGGAGCACCAAAGCUGUACACAAGUUGUUUUUAUUUUUAUUUUUCAGAUAAGGACAGUCAAAAUGGUCACUUCUUUUGUCCCCUUCUUCCUUUACAUCACCCACCAGGAGGAGCAUCAUCAGUCAAGAAUAUCAAUAUAAGCUUAUUAGUCUCAUACAAUCAAUAUACAGUGAGUAAAAGUAGUAAACUGAAGUGCCUGCUUCCUUCUUCUUCUUCUUCUUUUUAUAGUUUUUUUUUCCUUUUACUUUUCCCCUACUCAAAACCAUUAGAUGAAUCAAAAUCACUUUUAGCAAUUUAGUAGUCACCUCAGGUAGAAUAGAAGAAGAAUAUGGGAAAGAGUAAGGGAGGAGGAGGAGGAGGUAGUUCAUGGCUGAAUGCUGUGAAAAAAGCCUUCAGGUCUCCAUCAAAGGAUACUUCUACUACUACUGCUCAGACUAAUAAAAAGAAUAGCAGGAAAUCCAGAGAAGACACCAAUGAACAAGAACAAGAUGAAGAUGAAAAGAAAAGAGAAAAGAGAAGAUGGUUAUUCAGGAAGCAUUCUUCAUCAAGCCAUAAUAAUGGUGCCAGCCAGAAAAAUGAUCAGUCAAACAACAAGUUGAGGAAGUCUUCUUCAACUGCUCCACCACCGCCACCGCCGCCUAAUAAAAGCUCAGCAGCUGAAUCGGUGGACCACAGGCAUGCCAUUGCGGUGGCAGCAGCCACCGCAGCCGCAGCUGAAGCCGCCGUGGCAACCGCACAAGCCGCCGUUGAGAUCAUUCGACUAACUCGGCCCUCCUCUGCUUCAAAUCCGCCCACCUCAAUAAAGCAACAACAACACUCUGCAGCCAUUACCAUUCAGAAAGCUUUCAGAGGCUAUCUGGCUAGAAGAGCAUUGGUGGCACUGAGAGGUAUAGUGAAGCUACAAGCAGUAAUAAGAGGGCAGAAUGUGAGGAAACAAGCACAGAUGACGCUCAGAUGCAUGCAGGCAUUGCUUCGUUUACAGACUCGAAUGCAUCAUCAUCCUCCUCCUCAUCAUGAGAAAAGACUUUCCCAAGACGGAGAUGGAAAUGGUGGUGUAAGAAGCCGUAAAUCAAUGUUUGCAGAGUCCAAUACUAACACCUUCUUCUGGGAUUCCAAAUCUGUUCCUGAAAGGAAGUCCAUGUCGACUAGGGAUCGGAGGGGCAGCGUUUCUUCCAUAGAUUGGAACUGGAAUUGGAAUGAUGAUUGCCCAAGAACCCUGGAAGAGCUAGAAGAACGAUUACAAUCCAGAAAAGAAGCAGCAGCAGCAGCAGCUGCUCUACAACGCGAAACUACAUCAUCUUCAUCUUCUUCUUUGGCUUAUGCUUUCUCUCAAAAGAUAUGGAAUAACCCAGAGGAGAAUGAGGAUAUUGAGGUUGGAGAUCAAAGAACAAAUUGGCUGGAACAAUGGAUGGAGACAAAGCAACUAGGCAACAGCAGAAGAUUUUCAACGGAUCAUAAAAGAGACUCUUUCGUGAAGACAGUUGAGAUGGAUACAAAUCAUCACAAUCAUAACGUGAUGAUGACAACGCCAAAGAGAUACUCUGCAUCACUGGCAUCCUCGUCACCAGCCAACAACAAUGUCCGUAAAAUGAGACACCAAUCUCCUGCUCCUUCCGCUUGUCCUUCCCCGGGACGCGGCCUGAAAACCGGGGUUCAGGCGCCAUCAACGCCAUCUCCAUUGUCUAAGGCCAAACCGGCGGGCACAACGCCUGCGAGAACCCCGAGUCCGCGGAGCUACUCUGCAGCUAACACUCCGAGCUUAAGGUCAAUGCAGAGGCUAAACACGGCAAGCGCCGUCCCCCGCCUCAGUAGCGCGGGGAACAAUGGCUACGUUCCUAAUUACAUGGCGGCUACAGCAUCGGCGAAAGCCAGGGUCCGGUCCCAGAGUGCCCCGAGACAACGGCCCUCGACGCCGGAGAGGGAGCACCGGGGUGGAGGUGGAUUAGGAUCAGCUGCAUUGGCAAAGAAACGGCUGUCAUUUCCGGUUCCGCCUACUCCAAUAAGGGAGGGUUGCGAGGAAUACUCGAAUUGUUCAAGUAGUAUGAACUAUUACUCUCAGAACUUGAGGAGUCCUAGCUUCAAGAGCAUGCAAGCUGGAUAUGUUGGGAUGGAACAGCAAUCCUGCUAUACAGAAAGCAUUAAUGGUGGGGAGAUUUCACCAUGUUCUACCACUGAAUUAAGGUGGUGGUUCAGAUGAUCAACAACUUCAAUAGGGAUCAUUAUUAGGCUGUCCAUUUUUUGUAAUCAUUUAUUUUUGUUGCUUAGAAGAAAAUGUCCUAAGGUUUGGAUUCUUCUUUGAAUAGGAAUCAAGGUAGGAGUACUUUGAGAUGAUUCUUCCUCUAAUGCUAUAUAUGUUAGUUUGGCACUGCUACUUACAAUUUACAAAACAGUGGGCUAUCUUCAUUUCUAAUUUAGUUUAGAAAGUAAAAAGAUGUAUUGAACACGCUUCUUAUCGGAUUGAAAAUGUAUGAAUGUAAGAAAAAGUUUUAUGUCAAAAAUCAUAGCAUACACAUGAUGACAGCAGUACAUGUGCAUGUUGCAUGCUGGC